CACAGAAAAUGUUCGACAAUAACAUCAACAACUACGUGCUGAAGGUGGAGCUGGCCAAAUGCUUCGGUAACCUUGGGACGGUCUACCUGGCACAGCAUCGGCCCUCACAGCAGCAUGUCGCGGUGAAAAAGUUCCUGGUUGAAGAUCUCAAGAACGACAUCAGCUACGUAAUGGACGAGGCGAAGCAUCUGCGCGAGUUCGACCAUCCCAACAUCCUCACCUACUACACGGCGUUCGUGCACCACCUCGAUCUGUAUUUCGUGGUGCCGCUCAUGUGCUACGCGUCCUGCCGGGACACGAUGAUGAACUACUUCGAUACCGGCUUCCCGGAGCCGAUCCUGGUGUGCAUCCUGCGUGACGUGCUGCAGGGCCUGGUGUACCUGCACUGGCGGGGUUACAUCCACCGGUCGAUCCGAGCGAGCCACGUCUUUCUGAACGAGACACGUGCCGUGCUGGGGGGCUUCCGGGCGUGCACCAGCUUCCUCGGUGAGGGAAAACGAGUCCGGAAUUUGCACGAACUACCGCCACAGUCGGUGAAGUCGCUCAACUGGCUCGCCCCCGAAGUGUUGGCCCAGAACCUGGUAGGUUACACGGAAAAAUCAGACGUGUACAGCCUCGCGGUCACGGUGAUCGAACUGGCAAACGGGUUGGAACCGUUUUACAACCUCACAACAACGCUCAUGCUGACGGAGAAGAUGAAUGGCUAUCUGCCGAUGCUGUUGGAUGCCAGCACCGUCGUGACCGACGACAUGCAGGGGCAGUCAAUGGAAGGGAAACCGAACGAGGCGGCCACGGCGCAGAUGAGGCAGAUCUACGCCUCGAGACAGUUUUCCGACGCACUUCACAAGUUCGCCGAACAGUGCCUGGAAAGAGACCCCAAGAUCCGGCCGAGUGCCUCCGCCUUGGUGUCGCAUCCCGUAUUCAAGCAGGUUUCACACACCAACAUUCGAGAACAGUUUGCCCUGCACUGCAUACAAAAGGUUGACUUUGACUCAAUUCAAGACCACGACAUCAGUCUGACGAACAGCUUCUCACAGCUCCGCGUGGACGCUGGUGGUUCUUUCGAGUGGGAUUUCGACGAUUCGUAACGCCCGCUUGCGCAAGGUGAAAGACAUAGUCCCUCCUAGAACACUGCAGC